GGUGGUCGCGAGCUCCUUGAGAAGUCCGCUCUACGACGCCGAGGUGAUACAGGCGAUGUGCGCUUUCCGCGAGCCCCUGUACUCGCUGUUCGUGCACUACGCUACCUCCUGCGAUCCUGCCCCAGACCACCGCCACGCAUUACCGAGCUUUGGAGGCGGCAGCGACGCGGUGCCUCUCUCCAGAGCGGGCCGCGGGCGGGUCACCGGCAGGUCUCUGUGCCGCCUCUGCUGCGCCGUCGGCCUGGUCCCAGGCCACGUAGUCGCAGGUGAGCUGGCGGACCUCGCGCAGGACCUGCGGCUGGAGUCCGCCAAGCCCUCCCCCGCGGAGGAGAGGUACUUCGAGAAGGAGCUCAUGUGCGCUGGCGCCAAGG